AUGGUAAGUUUCCAAAGUGACAUUGUCAUUAGUCUCCAGAGCAACCCACUGUUACGUUGAAGAUUCAACACUUAAUUUAUCACAAUUAGUAUCAUUGGGCAUGAUAAUAUCUCUAUUAUACUGAUGAUACACUGCUUUUAGUACCAGCCAUCCAAAUAUUUCAAUUAGCUUUUAUGCUGGUUUGCUGAUGAUAUACUGCCAUUAGUAUCAGCCAUCUAAAUUUCUCACUUCACUGUUGUGCUGAUGAUGCUCUGCUAUAUGUACCAGCCAUCUAAAUUUCUUAGUUCCAGACUUGCUUGCUGUUUCAGAGACCAGGUUACUGACAACCAAACAAUGCUAUAUAGGCACUCAAGCACUGGAACUGGCAAACAACUGAUGUUAAAUCUGCAGUGUUUUCUGCUUUUAAAUCAUGUCUCAGAUUGUGUUAUGUACUUGCCCUUACACUUGGUAACAAGUGUCACUUGGCUCAAAAAGCUAACUUCGUUUCAUUGUUUUUCAUCUGAGUAAACUGUACAACACCCCGUCGUUUCAAGCUUUUUGAUAAUAUGUUCUUAAAUUAAUAUUUUUUCAUUGUACACUGGUUGGUAGUUAAAAGUUGGCAAAAUGAGAUUUUCAUCAGGAGACACUGAUGAAAAUCAAGUUCUGCACUGGAGCUUUAAAACUGCAAAGCAACAACAAAAAAAGACAUUAUGUUGUAUUUUAUUUUGUAGGUCUUCAUGCCAGGAGCUCAAGGUGGAAGAAACCGCUUCAAGGAGGCCUUAAAGGUAAAUUUUUUUUCACUAGCUUUUUAUGGCUCUUAAGAUGGAAAAUGGUCCUUAUAAGAUUGUUUCUUUAUUCAAAUUUUAGCAUCAAACAUCUGGAGCUCAAGGUUACAACAGCUGGAAUGUAAGUUUGUUUUAAAGAUAAUUAUCCCAAAGGAACUAUCUAAUAGGAUGAUUUGACUUAUAAAUACAUUAUCCUGUGCCAUGAAAAUUGUUUUUUAGAGAAAACAACAAGAAAAUGCUGACCUUCAAGCACACACCAGGAGACAGAGACAACAACAGAAGGGGAGACGGAGAUACAGCAAUACAAGGAGAGGGAUAUAUACAAGAAAGGAGCAGGUUGAAGCUGAAGAAGUGGAAGAGUGGGGAAUAAAACAAGAGAGAGAAGAAGAAACAGAAACAAGCCCUGCUCCUGACUAUGAGGAGGAAGUAGAGAGUGGGGACUAUGACUGGGAAACAGAGGAGGACGUGGACCGAGAGAGGGAAGGCGAGGAAGAGGAGGAAGAUGACCUGGAGCGGCAGAGAGAACGGGAAAGGCUGGAGAUGGAGAGGGAGAGAGAGGAGCUGGAAAAGGAGAGGGAGGCUGAGCUGGAACUGGAGCAGGAGAAAAUGGAGAGGGAGAGAUUGGAGAGGGAGAGGGUGUUAGAGAGGGAGGAAAUGGAGAGAGAGAAGCAGCUGGAGAGGGAAAGGAAAGAGCAAGAGAGAGAGAGGGAAAUCGAGAGGGAGAGGGAGGACUGGGAGAGGAGGAGGGUGGAGAUGGAGAGGGGGGCUGAAGGAGGAUAUGGUGGGGAGACAGGGCAGCCGUACCCUUACCCUCCAGAGUACUUGUUCCUGAAGGUAAGAGCAGAAAGAAGUCACCUAAAUGCAUUCAUCAUGGAGAAAUACUCAUCUUUUAUUGUUAGCUUUUCCAGAUUAAACAUUUGUUUUAAUCUACUGUUGAACUUGUCAUCUGACAGGGACAGCCGGGAGAGAAUGGAAUACCUGGAGAAAAGGUGAUAAACAAUUGUAUCUGUAGUCAUGCUAGAGAGCUUAUUUCAAACAUUUAAAGACAUAUAUAAAAAAGAACGACAAACACUCAUACAGGCAGAAAUAAAAGGAAAAUAUUAAAAAAAAUACUUGUCAAUCACUGUUAUAAAUUCUUUUUACAUAUCAAAAAAAGGAGCAGGGAGAAGCAGCACAUAUUGAAUCCCAGCCCUUAUUUAUUAUUGAAGAAUAAUUUCUUAUGUAGCUAUCUGUACCUGUGAAUCAUUAAUAACACAUUUAUCUACCGAUAAUAAUAUAAAAGAAAUAAACGUGAAUAAAGUUAGCUAGUCAACAUAAGUCCCACUACCUGGUGAUUGCUAAAGCCUGUCUUCAGCCCUGUAUUUAUUGAAAAAUCAUGACUCUGUACUUCAUACUUCAAGGUCUUAUAUUUAUACUCCAGCUAUGCAGCGAGUCUACUCAACAGUUUCACCACACUGUGGAAGUGGAAAAACUUCUAACAUUAGUACGAACAGUGCCUUUAAGCCAAAUUAUUUCCAAACACAUUUUUCUUGUUUAUUCAAGUUUUCCUUUCUGCACAAUUUUGUCUGAUAUCAUUUCAUUUCCUGAAAUCAUGUUGAAUUAUAAACUGCAGAGACCUCUGGGCUUAUUGAUUGUAUCAAUGCCUUUUUGCUUUAUUUAAAAAGAAUUUGUUGACAUGUCUCAGAGGCUUUUGAUGCUUCUACUUAAUUCUGUUGUUGACAUAGAUCUUCCUCAAGGUCUGAAAAUGUUAGGCGCUGAAAAGUUUUUGCUUUUUAAUUGGAAAAAAAAAGUGGUUUUAAGCAAUUCAGGGUGCCCUUCCAGCCCUCAUCUCUUCUCAGACAAUCCCAGCCCCUGGACCUGUGAAUAGAUUCGAUUGGCAAAGUCCAUUAUGGCUUUUAUUGGAGUGGUUGGAGGACUGAGAUAUGUGCAGCUGAAACACAGACCAAAACCGGGAAUAAAUCUUCAAGGAGAGGCAUCACCAAGACAGAGAGAGAAAAUAUGCUAAUAUUUUUGAAUGAAGUGGCUUGAAGUGAAACAUAUCAUUUUUCUGUCAGGAUUUACUGAAUCACUGGAAAUAGUCUCACUGAUUUAAGGCGUCAUUAUCAUCAUCCUGAGAUCACAGAGCAAAAAAUGACAGUCGCCACAUAAAAUUCACCUUCGGUUCAUAAAAAUAUCAUCGCUGCUUUCCCCUCCCACCCACAUUUCAUCAGUCAGUGACAUCAGGACUUCUCAGCUGUCUCGUCUGUCAGGUCAGCCAGUCAACUCCAGGCUUUUGAAGUCCUCUUGUCUGUAUUUCUAUUUGACUGAGACAACAGAUUAAAGCAGACAUCAAUAAUUCUCCUUGUGGAAGCUUGAUUUUAAAUUUCAAUUGUGUUGGUUUAUUUUGGUUCAUUGACAACAAUGAACUGAGGAGCACCUUCUAACCGAUGCGCUGAAUUUUCUCAGGGUGAAAUUGGAGAGAAGGGGCAAAAGGUAAGUAUAUUUAUUCAUAAACUGAACAUAUUUUAUUUUGAAAGAGUUUAAUUGACAACAAUGGCAGAGAAAUAUUGUAGAGACACAUUUUUUUGUUGUGUGUUAUAGGGAGAACCAGGCAUCGGCCACAGAGGUCCAGAAGGACAGGCUGGUCCUCCAGGACAAAAGGUGAUUUUUUUCCCGUCAUCACUCUUAUAAAGUAAAAAGAAAGUGAAAAUGUCUUCUUUACAGCUUUUAACUUCUGAAUCAAUUACUCCUCAGAGUCUUUUCAAUCAUUUUAACUUUAAAUGGCUUUGUCUCCCGCUGUGGUUUUAAUUUAGGGGAUGUAAUUGGCUCAGUGACUCACCCACUCAUUAAAAUUGUGUUUGAGGACAUAAACUGAUAAGAGGGAAGAAGGCCUUCAAUUUGAACGUAGUUAAUCAAAAGUGAUAAUGAAGUGAAAAAAACUGACCUUUUACCAGAAGUCUUCCAGGUACUUUACUUUGUCUUUGUUUUUCAGGGGGAACCAGGUGAGUCAGGGCCUCCUGGUGCUCAGGGCAUUCAAGGUAUCAGUGGCAACCCAGGCAUCCAAGGCUCCCUGGGCCUGAGGGGACCGCCAGGGUAUCUAGGAGAGCCAGGCAGAGAGGUGCAAAAUUAUUUAUCAACCUGAAGUUAGUUUCUGCUUGUUUUUGAUCGAGCAAGCCCAAUAGUAUGAGUAUUGGUGAAGUGAGAAAGAAUGCAGAAGUUUGAAAAAUAGGUUAAAAAUUAAAUGGUUUUGAUUUUGUUUCAGGGUGAGCGGGGUAAAAGAGGAAAGAAUGGAUCACCCGGACCUCCUGGACCACGAGGGGCAGCAGGACCUCUUGUAAGAAGAAAAUAUUAAAGCUCCUGUGAAGAAGUUUUUAGCUCGUUACAAGACAGGCUUACAUCAAUUCUAAUGAAAGUACACGAGGCCAUCUUCCACAUUUGUACAACUUUGUCUGACAUCUGUGCACCUGCUGAGUGACGGUUUGCUGCUGUGGAGACAUGCAACCUAGUCCUCUCCAAAGGGGGCGCCAAACACACCUAAAUAAACAUUUCUUACAGUAGCUUUAAAUCAAGUUUGGAAGUUCUGCCUUCGAUUGACAUAUUAUGUCCUGUCUAUCUUUUGAGUUGAUUAUUGAAAUCAAACUGACUUUGAAUUAUGAAAAAUAAAAUUUUGAAUAUGAAGGACAAACAUACAUAUUUAAAAAUCACUUUAUCACGGCUGAAAAUGAUGUUUAAUAUUCAUUUCUCUGAUAAAGGGUCCUCCUGGUGAGCCUGGAGUUAAAGGAGAGAAGGUACAAACUCUACAGUUAUAUCAUUAAAGAAGUGACUUUUUUUACGCAGUGAUGAUACUUCAUUUUUCUGCACUUUGUUCUGGCCUCAUCAGGGUGACAGUCUUCCCGGUGAACCUGGUGCCAGGGGUCUGUUUGGUUUUCCAGGAAGGAGAGUGAGUUCGAAGGGGCUCAUACACACAGUAAAAUUUGGGGUUUAGCUAAUGUUAAAUGUUAUCACACAGAAGGUGAAGGAUAAUCUCCUUUUUUUUACUAGUCAAGGCUGUAGACAUCACUGUAUAACUAGGAUUUAAAUAAAACUUCUUUUUUUUUCAGGGUGAAAAGGGCGCUCCAGGUAUUAAAGGAAUUCUAGGGCACAUAGUAAGCAACUUUUCAAAACCAAAAACAUAGUGUUUUUUUUUUUUGUUUUUUUUUUUUAUAUCCACUUGGAGCUGAAAUUUCUCUUCUCUUAACUUUUUUAACAGGGUCCAAAAGGUUUGAGGGGCAGCAAAGGUGAAAAGGUAAGCUGCUUAAGAGAUGAGGAGGCUACAACUUUGAGGUUUAUUUUUUGGUGUGUCAUUAAUGUUAAAUAACCCUAAAUAUUAUUACGGUUGUCUGUUAGGCAAUAAUCUCAAUGGCACAGUCAUUUCUUAGCUAGCAUGUGCAGACUAGGGCUGUUGCAGCACAUCUUACAGUCUUUCUUAGAGGAUAGACGAAGAGGAAGAAGCAGUCCUUGGAGAGAUGAUGAGGCACUUUUUAAUAUGGACUUUUUAUUGUGAUUUAUUGUGAAUAUAAAGACAACAUGAAAACUGGUGCCUCUCUGGGUGACUAAUCAAUUGAACAUUUAUAAUUUCUACAUGUUGAUUUAGCUGUUUUCUUGCAGUUUCAUAACUUAGGAUCUACCUUCAACGUAAAAGGAUAGUUUGAACAUGCAGGAAAUGAAGCAUUCUGAACACAAGGUGGAAUAGAAUUUCAGAAUAAAAGCAUGAAAAUUGAUUAAGGGGCAGUGUUUGCUCCAAAGAAGUGUUUGUCACAGGGUUAGUGGGUGGAUAAAUUAUAAAUUUGAACAUAUUUAGAAAUAGAUGAUGACAUGUGAGGUUAUUGCGUGUUUUAGUUAAGUUUAUUAAGUUUGUCAUUUUGACUGAUUGUGUUGUUUUAUUUUUGAAAUAAACUAAACUAAACUAAAACUAAAUCUACAGCAGCACGACAAGUAGAGAGAACCAACAAGUCGAGGAACACAGCAAUACGUGACAGGGAUGAAAAAAACAUAGGAAAUUUGAUUUUGUUCAAAUAUGUUGAUUUAGUUGUUUACAGGUCAAGCAAAACAUAAAAUACAGCACAGUUAGCGUUGAUUAAGCAAUUAAUUAUCAUGAACAAUUAAACAAAAACAUCACCAGCCAGCAAGAACAACAAAAGAGGGAUUAAUUUGGCAUCAUUUUUCAUUAUCAAGUGCAGCUUGUGAAAUAACCUGGUGACUCAAGCAGCAUGUCAUGAAUACCUGUUAACACCCAUGCUGGUUUGUAAUCUCACAACAUAUCACCAAAGUUUUUCACCAAGAGGAGUCGAGCUGGUAACCUUGAUUUUUCUUUAUUUAGAGCAAAGUUUCUUCUUCAUUUAUUUUUAUUCCACGGUGUGUGAAAAGCCUGGAGGUGUUUCAUUUUCUGAGGCUUCUGUGAACUUCCCGACCUUUUUCUCCCUGCAUGGCUGUAAUUUUAUUUACACCUGCCUCACUGUCAGACUGACUCACUCAUUCAACACGACGUUUGAAGAGUAAAAGACGAGGCUGAAUUGGACUUUUCGAUAUUCAGAAGUUUGAACUGACUUCUUUUUAUUCCCUUAAAAAAAAAAAAGGGAAAGUCCCAAAGCAGAGUUCAUUUUGAAGUGUCAGCAGGUCGUGGCUGUGUUGAGAGGAGUGAUGUCAGGGAUGUUUUCAGAAGUUAGUCCUCAUGUGUCACAACUGAACCGAUCACUCCUGUCAAAAGCGGCGAAACCUUUAGUAUGACUACUACUUGCGACAUUUUAUCAAAGGUGAUUUGAGGUCUCAGCUUCCUGUUUUGGCAGCUAGAUUUGAGGAAUUAUAAUCUGCUUAGUGUACUGCCUGACACCCUGAAUUGGAAUGAAGAUCUUUGGAUGUUUUUAUAAAAAGCAUCUUUUUUGCAGGGCGGCCGCGGUUUACCAGGAGUCAGAGGAGAAAGGGUAAAUACUUUCAUUAGUCACUGCAACGCUUCACAUGCAAGUCGUUUGCUCCCAGUUUGUGUAUCAUACAAGACUGCAUGACGUGUACAUGAGUCAUGGCUCAAUACAUCUAUUAUCUAUUAUCUCUUUCCUAUAGGGGAGUGUGCUUCAAAUUCAAGGACCUCGUGGGUUUAAGGGCUCCAAAGGAGAUGCGGUGGGUUCAAAUUUGAAGAUGUCGUCUCUCUACUUCUGUUCAAUUUACUCUCAGAAAGUCAAAUAAAGUGCUGUAUUUAUUCUUCUACUCCACUACAAUAUGGAACCAAAUGUUGUUAUUUCACUCUAUCAUAUUUAAAGCUAUGUUACGGUCUAUGUAGUUUACUCUGUUCUCAUGUUAGUGGAGCUAAUUGACUGCCAAAAUUAACACAAUGUAGCACCAAAAGUAUUACACUUGCACCAUUUUAAAAUACUUUGUAUAACUUUAAUCAAAUAAAGAUUAAGUGCACACCUUUGUCACACAAAGUGAGCUAGCUAACAGGCUGCCCUUAAUUUAUCAGACAUAUAAAACAAAUCUGGACUUUUUAUUUUUGACAUUUUCUUGACACAACUCAGUCAAGAACACAAAGACCUGUGAAGAACUGAGUCUGUGUUUGGUUUCAGGGUGAGCGAGGUCCACCAGGCUUUGAUGGAGAUAAAGGAGAAAAGGGUGAAGAUGGUCCACCUGGAGUCAAGGCAAUCAAUUCUCCUGUUAUAUCUCCGGUCAUUAUUGAGUCUAAGGAAGUCAUAAGAUCUCUAAAAAGUUUAUCAAAUUUUCUUUAAUUGUUUUAAAAGGGCGUCAAGGGUGAUGCAGGUACUAAGGGUGCUUUGGGCCGAUUUGGAGCUCGAGGACCCGUAGGUCAGAAGGUAAAGACACAACAGUAAGACAAGCUCAAGUGUUCAGUGUUUUAUCGUCUUUGUGGAUACUUGAUUGUUGUAUUUUUCAACAGGGAGAGUCAGGAGAGCCUGGACUUAAUGGAGUGAUGGUAAAACCACCGAUAAAAGUAUUCAGUAAACAUGCAUUACUUUGGGAUUAAACAGAGACUAAACACCAGGGAUGUGAUUUAAGGGUCGUAAUGGAGACGAUGGAGUGGAUGGGACCAAAGGGGACAAAGGAGAUUUAGGACUGCAGGGCCAGAAAGGCGAUCAGGUACACUAAAAUUUAAAAUACAACUAACUAUAAAUUAUAAUAUAAUUCCUUAAGCUUUAACAUCACUUUGUUUUUGGUAGGGGGAUCCAGGAGAAUCAGGCUUACCAGGAGAGACGGGGGAGAAGGGGGAGAAGGUGAAGACAGCCAUUAUUGGUCUCAGCUGUCCCACUGAUAUAUUGUUUUUCUCAACUUUGAUCCCUUGCAGUUGUGUUUUGAAGUUGCAGGUUGUCGGUGUGUACGAUAUUGCUCUUCUGCUUUGGUAGUCAUGUUUCAGUGUGUCGCCCGCUGUUUCAGGGUUUCAGAGGUUUACCCGGGCGCAUAGGGAGUCCAGGCCUAGAUGGUGAGAGGGUAGGUGUCUAACUGGCCCAAGGCAGAGUUAUAUAUUAUUUUAUCAAACUAAGAACCCAUGACUGAGUGUUUGUUAUUUGUUGUUUGAAACAGGGAGAUAUGGGGUUAUCUGGUGCAGCAGGCAUACCAGGAUUAAAUGGACUAACAGGGCGGAAGGUGAGCUGCCAUGAGUGCUCUUAUUUCUUCCAGCUCUGCCCCCUUCAUACUCAUACUCAGUCAUACAUCAUGUGUUAUGGAUACAGGGUGAUAAAGGACAAGGAGGUACAAAUGGUGCUGAUGGCGAGCAAGGAGUCAAAGGAGAAAAAGUAAGAAAGCAGCCCUUACAACGCUGCCCAUCAUCCAGAUUUUAAUUACUUUUAUUUUGGAGCACUUGUGUUUGUGUCCUACAUGGUUUUGUCUCCACGUAGGGAAAUGCAGGUUUCCCAGGUUUCCCAGGAUUUAAAGGAUCAACAGGGCUUCCAGGAAGGGAUGGAGAUGAUGGACCACCAGGAGCACCAGGACCCCGUGGGAACCAAGGGUCAAAGGUAGGGUAUUUCUGCUCUUUUAGUACAUUUAGAGCGCCCCUACUGGUACUGGCUCAUAAUUUCAAGCUAUUAAUGGCAUAUUACUGUGCUUCAAAGUGGUAGAGAAACAAAGAUUUAGUAAUUGCAAUCAAAGUAAAUCAUCAGUACAGAGAAAUAGUCCCUAAAUGAACACUACAGAUGUUCCUCUAGCCGUAUGUAUACUAUUAAAGCCUUUCUCUAUGAAAUAUACACGUAUGAGAACAAGCUUAUUAGUUCAUAAAAGAGCAACAUUUAGUAUGUAUUUGCACAAAUGUAUAGAUUAAUAUUCUUCCUUUAAUGAGGUGUAAAAGAAGACUCGUGCAGAGAGGACCAAAGGAAGUUCAGCCUGAUUUUUACAGUCAUCAUAUCUGUGAUUGGCAGCAUUAGCUCUGUAUACUGCAGUUAAAACAAUGGGACAUAUCCUUAAUCAACACUCUCUCUCACACACACACACAUACACACACAGGGUCUAUUUCUGUGUGUAGUUGUUAAAUUAGGUUUCACUCAAUCAGCUCUUUUCAGCCAUAAUUACCAGACUCUGUGUUGACAGGGAGGCUGUAAACCUCUAACAAGGAUAUUUUAGGAUGAACUCUAAUUACUGUCUCUUUUUCAUUCUAAUGCACUAAUGGAAGUGUUGUGAUGUGACACCGUGGACUCUUCCUUGUUAGCAAUGAGGUUUUUAGUUACACAGACUAUAUGUUUUUUUUAAUUAUGUUUUACACAGGGAGAGCGCGGCAGACGGGGCAGAUCUAAACCAUGUCAAAAAGGAGCAGCAGGGACUCCAGGACUGAGAGGAGCCAGUGUGAGAGUCUUACACAAACACACUUUACCCACUGGACAUCUGCUAAAGACAAUAAUACUCAGUUCCUCCUCAAACUAGCAUCUCACACACAAUGUUUUCUGUCCUCAGGUCAAAUCAAAUCACCUUAUUCUUCACUCAUAUUAAUCUCGCAGUUUGUUUACACUGUUUUGCCUUUGAAAAUUCCUCCCAAACUUUAUUUUUUAUUGAAUCCAGCUGUCUGACAUGAAAGUUUCAUCUCUCAGUUCUCUACAUGUAUCGGUACAUUGGUACAACAUGACAUGAAUGUGUUGUAAUUCCUCAUUACAGGUGCUGUUGACUGGCUAGGGAAAUAAAUAUACACACUGUGAAUAAUUUUGAUUUAACCCCAUUUAUGUAUUUGAAGUCUGUAUUUUGUAUGGUGUGUUCACUACAGGGUUUAAUUGGCACUGAUGGAGGAAAAGGGGAGAAAGGAGAACCUGGACUCUCAGUACGUCUACACACAAUCAUGCACUCUGACAUGUGCGUUUUAAUGUAUUUUAUGAGUGUAAAGUUUGAAAUCAUAUUGAAUGUUGUUUUCUCCUCACCAAGGCUGAAGAAGUGAAGGAGCUGGUCACUCAGGAGGUGGUAGAAAAGUGCGGUAAGAUCAUGCGUGUGGGCGUGGAGUGUCAUGUUCUUCACUCGUAUUUUUUGAAGCCUCUCUGGAUGCUCGUACUUCUCUCUACAUGUAUCCUCGAGUGACUCCAGAUAGGCCUGUGUACUGUGGGAAAAUGUGUAUGUACAUGUGUCAUUUUUUUGUGUGUGUGUGUGUGCUUGAGAUCACCCGUGGCAGCAGUAAGGCACCCAUGUGUGUAGUGCCAUCUGUUAUGUUCUCUCAGAGGAACACACACCAUGGUGCCCUCAACAGUGGAGCCAUUCACAAACAAGAAACUGUUAUUAAAUCAGUCAUCUUUCCAGGAAUUCACCAAUUCAAGAACUCAUAAAAGUCUGUGAAUUUUUCAACCUGGGGGGAAACUGACACUCGUCACUCUCGAGAAAAGCACUUCUGUAGUGAACAAUUUUUUACAUUCAAUCCCAAAUUAAUCUUUUAAUUGAUUUCAAAACAAAUUUGUUUUUAUUCUUUUUACUUUUUUGUUUUUUAAGAAUACAUUAAUGCUUUCAAUUGUCUCUCUCCUGGCGUUGGUCUUGUUUUAGAAAAUCUUAAGAGAAGUGUACUCGUUUACUUUUAUAACUAGACCUGAAAACCAUUAUACAGUUUAUUAGGUUAAAGCUAUAGUAUGUAACUUCCAUCCCCCACUUGAGGAUUUCUGCGUUACUACAACGAUACAGCCGGCACUUCAAGAUGACAUAUGGCCCAGUCUAACCCGUACACAGAGUAACACUCAGUAUCAAGGCAACAUUUGUAGAAUAGAAUAGAAUAGAAUAUUCCUUUAUUGAUCCCCCAUGGGGGAAAUUUUUUUGUCACAGCAGCAUCACAGACAAGCCAAAAAGUGCACAAAUGCAGUUAUAACAAUAAGGGUCCUAAUAUUAAGAACUUAAAUAAAUGUAAUAAGAAAAAAAUUAGAAAAGGGAGAAGAAAAAAUAAAGCUUUCUACAAUAUACACAAUUUAAAUGCCAUAAAAAAAGUGGUGGUGUCGGACCUUAGUCUGAUCUCCACUCUGCUUCUUUGGGUUCUCCCCCAUGUUUUUUCUAGCAGCGCUCUCCUCCCCUCUCCCUUCUCAUUGUCAGCUAAGACCGAGCAGAACACGUCAUUUCCUGUGCGCCAGCGCAGGAAUGUCGCCAAAGACCCUAAAUACAAAAAGAACAAAUAUACUGCGAGGUGUUAGAGGAGACAAACUUAAUCAGCUUUGUCUCAUCUCCUCUUGUAGUGUCUUGGGUGAAACAGAUGUUUACAGAUAUGUAGAAAUUACGCACUAUAGCUUUAAGUUAUUUGAUAGUGUAAGACUUAUCUACUUUAUUUCUUCAAACUUCAUAAUUCUGUCGAAGAUUGAAAACAUUAAAGCCAUCAAAUUCUAUCACAAUCCAUGCAUUUACAUACUUAUUUAUCCUGUUUUUAUGGCUGCAGGGCUGGAGUACAAGUUCAUGGUGAAGUCUGUGGAUCCAGAUGGAACAAACUCAGUGACAGAGAAGAACAGUGUCACGGGUGAUGUGGUGAUAUCCCUUAGUCGUGACCCCAACAAAGAGGAAGCGUAUGAAUACGGUGAAGAGGUGUACGAAUACGGAGACAGUGCGGGAGACAUGACAAGUCCUGCCCCUUUGAUCCCUGAGAAAACAGGAAUUCAAAAUAACAGUACCGGUGAGAUUUAUCACUUCAACCUCUCGCAUCAUGUCGCUUGUUACUGUGGGCUUGUCAUCCAGGCCUGAGGGCCGAACUCACAGAUGCCUGAGAUACUAUCAUAUUUGAAAUGAUGCUGUGUGACCAUGUGUGUCCGAGCUAAAUGAUUGCAUAUUUCACACUCUAGUGUAACAGCUGCUGUAUUCUUCUGGUGUUUGGUUUUAGCUUUUGAUGUCUUAGAGCCGUAAAAAUGCACUCUGAGGUGUUCGGAUCAGGACUGUCAUGACGUCAGAUUUUCAUCUUAUGAUUAUUGUAGCCAUAAAAUAUUGUGAUAUUUAUGAAAAACAUAACAUUUUUGACAACACGGUUAGGAAAAUGUAUAAGAAUAAAAUUAUACAUAUAAAGUAUAACAAUAUUAAUACCUUCUAGCAUGUUCUAUCAGUGUUUAUCUUGUUUUAGUCCAGUUUAAAUCUUGGCUAGAUGUGAUUUAAAAGUGUUUUAACACUUAGAUAGUACAAACAUCCAUCAACAGCUAACCUUAAGACACUUUUAUCUGAUUGAGGUAAAACUUUUAUUCUCUGACUGAUGUACUGGUUUCAGUUUUUUCCAUGAAACGUAAUAUUGAAGAUUUUUAAAACACAGGCGCUUCAAGUCAAAUGAAACUCUCUCUGUGCCCACUGUGUUUAACCCUUCCGGGCUCUUUAGAUUGACUUCCCUCUAAAGUCCCUCGUGGCCGAAAAAAGCCACUUUUUUUGUCGGCUGUAAAAUCAUAUUGGAUUAAUAUUUUUUUCUGAUUUUUUUUCACACAUCUCUUAUUUUACUUCUGCCCUGUUCGAAACUAGCAAAUGUUUCAUUGAAAACAAUUUUUUUUAACCCUUUAAGUGCCAAUUUAAGACAAAAAGUCACAAAUAUAGCAAAAAUUUAAGGAAAAUGACCCAUUUUUUUUAUAAAACAUGAUCAGAAACUGGUUAUCUCUUGCAGGGUAUCAAAGUCAUGAAUAUGUCAGAGAUUAGUAAUAUCAUUGGCUUUGAUGCAUUUUAAGUUUUUCUGUAGCAUCAGAUUUAAUGAAAAACUGCGUUUGGCGCCUCCCAGUGGCCAAAACUACUUUGUCUGCUGUAAAAUCAUAUUGGAUUAAUAUUUUUUUCUGAUUUUUUUCAUACAUCUCUUAUUUUACUUCUGCCCUGUUCAAAACUAGCAAAUGUUUCAUUGAAAAUAAAAUUUUAACCCUUUACGGGCCAAUUUAAGACAUAAAGUCACUUAAAAAGCAAAAAAAAAUGGAAGGAAAAAUUUAAGGAAAAUGACCAAUUUUUUUUAUAAAACAUGAUCAGAAACUGGUAAUCUCUUGCAGGGUAUUUAAGUCUUGAAUAUGUCAAAGAUUAGUAAUAUAAUUGACUUCAAUGCAUUUUAAGUUUUUCUUUAGCAUCAGAUUUAAUAAAAAACUGCCUUUGGCGCCUCCCAGUGGCCAAAACUACUUUUUCUGCUGUAAAAUCAUAUUGGAUUAAUAUUUUUUUCAGAUUUUUUCAUACAUUUCUUAUUUUACUUCUGCCCUGUUCAAAACUAGCAAAUGUUUCAUUGAAAAUAAAAAUUUUAACCCUUUAAGGGCCAAUUUUAGUCAUAAAGUCACUUAAAAAGCAAAAAAAAUGGAAGGAAAAUGAAGGAAAAUGACCAAUUUUUUUAAUAAAACAUAAUCAGAAACUGGUAAUCUCUUGCAGGGUAUUUAAGUCUUGAAUAUGUCAGAGAUUAGUAAUAUAAUUGACUUAGAUGCCUUUUAGGUUUUUCUGUAGCAUCAGAUUUAAUGAAAAACUGCGUUUGGCGCCCCUCAGUGGCCAAAACUACUUUGUCUGCUGUAAAAUCAUAUUGGAUUAAUAUUUUUUUCAGAUUUUUUUUCAUACAUUUCUUAUUUUACUUCUACCCUGUUCAAAACUAGCAAAUGUUUCUUUGAAAAAAAUUUUUUCAUCCUUUAAGGGCCAAUUUAAGACAAAAAGUCUCUUAUGAAGCAAAAAAAUGGAAGGAAAAUGGAAGGAAAAUGACCUUAUUUGCUUCAUAAGAGACUUUUUGUCUUAAAUGGGCCCUUAAAGGGUGAAAAUUUUUAUUUUCAAAGAAACAUUUGCUAGUUUUGAACAGGGCAGAAGUAAAAUAAGAAAUGUAUGAAAAAAUCUGAAAAAAAUAUUAAUCCAAUAUGAUUUUACAGCAGACAAAGUAGUUUUGGCCACUGAGGGGCGCCAAACGCAGUUUUUCAUUAAAUCUGAUGCUACAGAAAAACCUAAAAGGCAUCUAAGUCAAUUAUAUUACUAAUCUCUGACAUAUUCAAGACUUAAAUACCCUGCAAGAGAUUACCAGUUUCUGAUUAUGUUUUAUUAAAAAAAUUGGUCAUUUUCCUUCAUUUUCCUUCCAUUUUUUUUGCUUUUUAAGUGACUUUAUGACUAAAAUUGGCCCUUAAAGGGUUAAAAUUUUUAUUUUCAAUGAAACAUUUGCUAGUUUUGAACAGGGCAGAAGUAAAAUAAGAAAUGUAUGAAAAAAAAUCUGAAAAAAAUAUUAAUCCAAUAUGAUUUUACAGCAGAAAAAGUAGUUUUGGCCACUGGGAGGCGCCAAAGGCAGUUUUUUAUUAAAUCUGAUGCUAAAGAAAAACUUAAAAUGCAUUGAAGUCAAUUAUAUUACUAAUCUUUGACAUAUUCAAGACUUAAAUACCCUGCAAGAGAUUACCAGUUUCUGAUCAUGUUUUAUAAAAAAAAUUGGUCAUUUUCCUUAAAUUUUUCCUUCCAUUUUUUUUUGCUUUUUAAGUGACUUUAUGUCUUAAAUUGGCCCGUAAAGGGUUAAAAUUUUAUUUUCAAUGAAACAUUUGCUAGUUUUGAACAGGGCAGAAGUAAAAUAAGAGAUGUAUGAAAAAAAAUCAGAAAAAAAUAUUAAUCCAAUAUGAUUUUACAGCAGACAAAGUAGUUUUGGCCACUGGGAGGCGCCAAACGCAGUUUUUCAUUAAAUCUGAUGCUACAGAAAAACUUAAAAUGCAUCAAAGCCAAUGAUAUUACUAAUCUCUGACAUAUUCAUGACUUUGAUACCCUGCAAGAGAUAACCAGUUUCUGAUCAUGUUUUAUAAAAAAAAUGGGUCAUUUUCCUUAAAUUUUUGCUAUAUUUGUGACUUUUUGUCUUAAAUUGGCACUUAAAGGGUUAAAAAAAUUGUUUUCAAUGAAACAUUUGCUAGUUUCGAACAGGGCAGAAGUAAAAUAAGAGAUGUGUGAAAAAAAAUCAGAAAAAAAUAUUAAUCCAAUAUGAUUUUACAGCCGACAAAAAAAGUGGCUUUUUUCGGCCACGAGGGACUCUGGAGGGUGAAAAUUUGUCCUGGCUUUAUUAUUGACCUGGUGAAAAUGUUGAAUUCAUGUUUUCGAGUAGAAUUUCAAAUUAAGCUUAGAAAAAAAAAUUCAUCACAUUUGCUGCAGUAAAAAAAAAAAUAUGUCCAAAUAAGUCUCUUGUUUUUUCGUCAAAUGGCCGAAUUCGGCCACAGGGACCCGGAAGGGUUAAUGCUGAUGGUGUGCUGUUAUUGAGUCAUCAGCAGCAGGUCAAAGUAGUUGAACAAAGGGUCAGCAUGUACCAAAAGAUCGCCAGUAUUUGAUGGAGCUCAUUAGUGAACACAACCCCCAGGCAAGAGCAUUUUUAAUACUGAUGUGUUUUGCUUCCCGUUAAAACAACCAGAAAAUAAUCAAACGGGGUCUUUGGCUGUCUUUGCCCAUGGUCAAUGUCAUCAUGUUUAUUCAUAAAACACAAUUACUAGAUGUAAAGUAAUAAUGGUGUAUUAUGCAUGUGAAAUGAUAGAUAUACACAAACACACAGAGUCAGGGUUCAGUGUUUAGACUUGAAGCUUGUGAAUUAGUAAGAAGUGAGGUAUUAGUUCCACCUUUCAGGGUACUGGUAGGGCUUGGGUUCAAAUCUGAGUAGUCAUUUACCAGAUGUGUGUAUGACUCAACUGUGUGUCUAAUGUUUGUGUUACUGUUGAUCCUGUCAUUCAAAUAUAGAUCAACUUCUUUGUACUAAAAAAAGCUAUUUUACUGUUUUCUUUUGUGCAUCAGUAAAUCUUUACCACCUCUAAUUUGUAUUCUUGGAUUUCCCCUCUGUGAUGGUGUUACUGUAAUUCCUCAAUCUAAAUUCUCUGCCUACUGGAUUUGCAUAAUGCUUUUUUUUUGUGCACAUACAAGUCAAACAGGCUGUUGAUGAUGACACUGAGCACUCUCUCCUGACUGUAAUAUGAGUGAAUGUGCCACCUAUGUUUCUGUCAAAUCAUAGUGAAUCUUGAAGUGAAAACUUGUAAAACUUCUUUCUGGUGCUGUUUUCCUUCAGAAGCUUCAGAGGACGGAGCUGCAGAGUGGGGACAGCGGAGGAAAAGACGAGUACUUGGAGUGAAUACUUCUGGUGAGUGGCCAAGAAAGCUGAUUGUCUUCUUAUCUUUCCUCCUCUCCUCUUGUUUACUUGCUUUUUUUUUUGUAUUUUCAUAAACUAUGAGUCAUGAGUUGCUUUACAAAGUUGGAAGCACAAGGUGGGAGAGAAAGAUAAGAGCAGAGUUUUUAAUCUCUGAUUAUUUGACAGCCUGUGUUAGCUUUCACUAGGCGAUUUAAUAAAUAAGGGUAAAAUGCUGUGAGAAUGAGAUCUAAAGUUUAAUGAAGAAAGUUUGUAAGUCAACCUUGUGUCUGAAAUAGAAAAGAUACUCAAAAGUUAGCAGAAAACAUCUAAAUCGCAUUAAAAGCUCCUGUGUUUAAGCUGCUACAAAACAGACUGAAAAUAACUUGGUGUGUUUGUUCAAGAGAGUGUUAAUGGAUGCAGAAUGGUGAGGUAAUGUGUUGAUUUGUAGCUACAUACAUUUUACUAAAUGCACAGGGAUGACAAAACUUUACCAACUCUGUUUUACAGCUGAUCGUUCUCUUGUAAAAAGUGUGUAGGUUUAAUGUUACUUGUCACAGCCACAAUGUUGUGAAGCAUCCCAUAGAUGUCAAAAUAUUGUACACUAUUAUAUAACUCUUUUUCACUCUCCUCUCUCUUUUGUGAUUGAUUAGCAACUGGCUGAUCGAUAAGCUAGCCGCUUGUUGAGCAGUUUCUGACUUUAACCAUCUCACAAACAUUAUGACAGCCUGUGAAGAUAGUUUAUUACAUCACAGCAGUUUCAUUUUAGUCCAGCUUUUCAUAACCAAUCAGAAACAAACAAAAAAACACUUGUCUCAAGGGUGCAGCUGCUUUUUUUUUUUCUAGUUUUGAGGUCUUGUCAGACAUCCUCUCCAGGACUCUUGACAUCUCCUCUUAAUCAAAGCUUAACCAGGUACUUUACUGGAGUGGCUCAAGGCAGUGGGCUGCCUGUACUUAAUCUGCAGGGAAAUGAAGGUUAAUGUAAGUUCUUCAAACAUGCAAAUAAAUUGUGUUUUCAACUUUUUAUGCCUUAUCCCUUUCCCUGCAGUUUUGGCAGCAGACCGUUGCUUGGACCCAAUGUCUGAGGGUGCCUGUUCAGAUUAUGUCCUGCUCUGGUACUUCCAUCCUCGCUCAGGGGAAUGCCGGCCGUUCGUGUACGGUGGCUGUGGAGGAAACAGAAACCGGUUCAAAUCCAGACAGGAGUGCCAGAGCUUGUGUGAGAAGGAGUGGAGUGGUAGGGACACCCAAUCACAUCACAGGGGAAGUAUCCACUGACACAGCUGAUCAGAU